AUGGAUUCCCAUUCAGUGAACAUCUUUGAGCAGGAAGCGAGCGAUUGUGGUGUCAAUAGAGGCGUUAUGGGCGGUCUGAAGACUCUGUUUCUAGAGUAUUGCUCCAACAGUACGGUGCACGGUGUGAAAUACUUUGGCUGCAAGCGGCGCACACUGUUCGAGAAGAUCUGGUGGGUUGCUACGUUCCUGCUGUCGGUGUACGGUUCCAGCCGGGUGAUACAGAACAUCUACGACAAAUGGAACGAAAUGGGAGCGGUAGUAAGCUUCGUCAAUCAUCCGACUCCAAUCUGGGAUAUCCCUUUUCCAGCCGUUACCAUCUGCCCGGAAACCAAGGCCCUCAGUCAGUAUAUCAACUUUACUCGCGUUUACUCGCGAAUAAACGAAACUCACCGCCCUGAAAUGGAUAACGAAACAUUUAACCGAUUCCGAGCGGUAGCUCAAGUUUGUGAUUUUCACAUUGUGACCAGUGUACUGCUGAACCAGACGACCGAUCCUAACGUGGUGGAUUUGCUGCGGAAUGUUUCGAUGCCACUCCACAAUAUGUUUGUAUUCUGCUAUUGGCGGAAAGUAUCACGCUUGUGUGCCCAGAAGUUCACAGAAACCAUCACCAACGACGGAAUCUGCUUCACCUUCAAUUCGCUAUCGGGUGGAGAGAUGUUGCGGGUCGAUAAGUUGCACAGUGACUACGAGUACAUCUCGGAGAAACGGCAAGCACCGCUGUGGUCGCUGGAAAACGGAUAUUCCGAGAAAACGGAUACCGAUGCAUAUCCGGAGCGAGUUCUUGGUGCAGGGUUCCGGUCUGGGCUGGUCAUCCUGCUUAACUUGUUUGAGCAGGAUAUGGACUUCAUCUGCAGGAGCGGUGUGCAAGGGUUUAAGAUUUUGCUGCACUCUCCCGAUGAGUUUCCUCAAAUGUCGAAGCAAUUCUUCCGAGUACCGCUUCACCAGCAGGUUACCUUUUCGGUGAAGCCACAGUUAACAUCUACAUCUAAUUCGCUACGCGGAUAUACUCCCAAAGGCCGCCAGUGUUUCUUCGCCGACGAGCGUUAUCUGAGGUUCUUCAAGGUGUACACGCAGCAGAACUGCGAGAUGGAGUGCCUCACCAACUACACGCUGCACAAGUGCGGUUGCGUCAAGUUCUCGAUGAUGCGUGACAACCUGACGGAGGUGUGCGGGGCCAGCAUGAUCGACUGCUACAACGAGGCCGAAGACGAACUGUGGGGGGAGGAUGUGGACAAAUCGCUUGAUUACCGGGCCAUCUGUAACUGUUUGCCCGCGUGUACCUCGAUACAGUACGAUGCUGAGAUAUCGCAGAUCGGUCUCGAUUUUAAGAGGCUGCUCGCGGCAUACCGAGUGCCGUUGGGCAAAGAGAACGACAUUCAGUUUACGCGGCUUUCGAUCUACUUCAAGGAAACCGAGUUAAUCAACUCGAAGCGCAGCGAGAUUUACACUGGUGCAGAUUUCCUGGCCAAUUGUGGAGGUUUGCUUGGGCUAUUCAUGGGCAUCAGUUUGCUGAGUUUGGCCGAACUGUUUUACUACUGCUUGCUGCGCCCAUUUGCUUUGCUGCGCAUUUAUUGGUUUCAGCAUCGCAACAAGUCGAAAGUUGUCGCUCGGCCGCGACUAGAGCCGAAAGUUCAACAGUUUUAA